AUGUCGGAUAACCAGAGGAGCUGGUGGCAGCAAUGGACCGACACCACCUACAUCAAACCUUUGAACCGCUUGAGGGCCGCUCAAGAGCCCUACCAGCGGCCAGAGGAGCAAGUACUCAUCAACCGCCGAGACAUCACCAGCAGAAAGGAUGCCUGGGACAUGCAGGAGUUCAUCACGCGCAUGUAUGUCAAGCAGCUUCUCCGACACCCAGCCUCCAAGGUCCUGCUGGCCGUGCUGCUGGUGGUCAACGCCAUCACCAUCGCGCUCCGCACCAACUCCAUGCUUGGCCAGAAACACUAUGAGUUGUUCUCUACCAUAGAUGACAUUGUGCUGACCACCCUUAUCUGCGAGCUGCUUCUCGGCUGGUUAAAUGGUUUCUGGAUUUUCUGGAAGGACGGCUGGAACAUCCUCAACUUCCUUAUCAUCUUUAUCUUGCUCCUGGGGUUUUUCGUUACUGAACUCAAUGCCGUCGCUAUCACCUACACCCUCAGGGCGCUUCGUCUGCUGCACUUGUGCGUGGCGGUGGAGCCUCUGGCCCGGAUCAUUCGCGUCAUCCUGCAGUCGGUGCCCGACAUGGCCAACAUCAUGGUCCUCAUCCUCUUCUUCAUGCUGGUGUUCUCCGUGUUUGGGGUCACUCUCUUUGGUGUGUUCGUGCCCAAGCAUUUCCAGAACAUUCAGGUUGCCCUGUAUACCCUCUUCAUCUGCAUCACCCAGGAUGGCUGGGUGGACAUCUACAGUGACUUUCAGAUGGAGACAGGGGAGUACGGAGUGGAGAUUGGGGGCGCCAUCUACUUUGCCAUCUUCAUCACCAUCGGUGCCUUCAUUGGCAUCAACCUGUUGGUCGUCGUGGUGACCACCAAUCUGGAGCAAAUGAUGAAGGCAGGACAGGGGCAACAGCAUCAAAUAGACUUCAGUGAGGUGAACAACAAGGAGGGAAAUGGGAAUAACAAGCUGCCGCUGGUGCACUGUGCAGUGGCCCGUUCGGAGAUGCCUGGCGUCCCCCAAGAGCCAUUUAUGGGGGGCCCCCUGACAAACCUCUCGGAAAGGACAUGUGACAACUUUUGCCUGGUGCUCGAGGCGAUACAGGAGAACCUGAUGCAAUACAAGGAGAUCCGCGAUGAGCUCAACACGAUAGUGGACGAGGUCCGCUCCAUCCGCUUCAACCAGGAGCAGGAGGAGGAGCUGCUGCAGAGGCGCUUGUCAUGGAACAUAUCCUUGGAGAGCAAGUCCUCCGUGGACAUCCGUGAGAUGACUCGCGAGCAAGACUUGAUCACCGCCCUCGUCAACAGGAAAAAGGUUCAGGAAUCCAACACAAAUGUUAACAAACACAAGACCAGCCGCUGA